AUGUCCGAUUCCAACACAACCGACUUCACAAACCCCUCCACCUUCAUCUUGCUGGGUAUUCCUGGCCUGGAGGCGAACCAUGUCUGGAUCUCCAUCCCCUUCUGCGCCAUGUACAUAAUAGCCAUCUUGGGGAACUUCACCAUCCUGUUCAUUGUGAAGAGGGAGCCAAGCCUCCAUGAGCCAAUGUACUAUUUCCUCUGCAUGCUGGCCGGCAGUGACCUAGUCCUGUCUACAUCCACCCUACCCAAAAUGCUGAGCAUCUUCUGGUUCAAUUCCAGGGAGAUCGAUUUCAGUGCCUGCCUCACCCAGCUGUACUUCGUUGCCUGCUUCUUAGUGAUGGACUCUGGGAUCCUUGUGGCCAUGGCUUUGGAUCGCUACGUGGCCAUCUGCGAUCCCCUGAGACAUUCCACCAUCCUGACAAGCCCUGUGGUGAUGAAGAUAGGCCUGGCCAUGGUGCUGCGCGGUGGCAUGCUUGUACUGCCCUUUCCCUUCCUGGCGAGGCGGUGGCCAUAUUGUAGAACCAACAUCAUCCCCCACUCGUACUGUGAGCACAUGGCUGUGGUGAAACUGGCCUGUGCUGAUAUCCGCAUCAGUAGUAACUACAGCAUCUCUGUGGGAUUCAUGGUGACUGCUCUGGAUGUGUUUUUUAUCAUGGUGUCCUAUAUCCAGAUCCUCAGGGCCAUCUUCAUCCUCCCCACAAAGGAUGCCCAGCUCAAGACUUUUGGGACCUGUGGCUCCCACCUCUGUGUCAUUUUAUCCACUUAUAUCCCAUCUGUCUUCUCCGCCCUCAUGCACCGUUUUGGCCACAACAUGGCUGUAUAUUUCCACGUUCUUAUGGCCAAUGCGUACCUGCUCGUGCCCCCCAUGCUACACCCCAUCAUCUACGGGGUGAGGACCAAACAGAUCCGGGACAGGGUGCUCCGGCUCUUUACUCAUAAAGGGAUCUAA